GAGAAAGUUAUCGAUCUACGCCAUUUGGAAAUCUUCUAUCGUAAUUUGCCCUGAUCUUGUUCAUUUACUCGGUUCAUUAUCCUCGAGCCUUUCAUUUCUUGUCCUUACGCGUGUCAGUGCGUCACUAAACACGAGUCUCACAAUCUACGUAUUUCGUGUGGGGUAAGAUGCCCAAGAAUAACAAGAAGGGCAAGCAGAAGGAGACUCCUGCUGCUCCUGCUGCUGCUCCACCUCCUGCUGCUCCACCUCCUGCACCUCUACCUCCUCCUCCGCCACUUGCACUGCCUCCUCCCCGGAUAAUGACCAUAGAUACGAUUGAGGAAGAGGAGGAUGAUUUCGGUGGACUCGGUGACAUGGAUGCUGGAGAGCUUAAUGAGGAUUCUUGGGAGCAAAUGUAUGACACGGGCGAUGCCCCACAGGAUUUGAAUGGCUGGGCGUCCAAUGAUCCUCAAAAUAGCAAUGGUGACUGGGCCACUGAUGAGCAAUGGGAGACGGGCGCUCCUCAGGCACAGAUGCCACCACGACAACCGCAGAAGGACGGUGGCAACACUAAGUCUCAAAAAAAACAGCAGCAUCAAUACCAGCAGCAGCACCAUCAGCACCAUCAACAACACCAACAGCAUCCCCAACACCAGCAAUCGCAACAUAAUGAUGGAUGGGGAAGCGGCGGCGGAGCUUGGGAAGAUGCUGGAGGAACGCCAGCACCAGCGAAAAAGCAGAUCUCGAAAGGUAACUGGAGUCAAACCACUCAGCGCGCUAUGGAUGAGCCUGCCUGGAGUAAUUGGGGCCACGAAGCUGGCUGGGAACAAGACGGAGAUACCUCGGAAAUCGAGGAAGAAGAAUGGUCCGCUGAGGACGGCUCAUGGGGAGCGCCGGCGGCAGCCUGGCCUCAACAGCAGUCUACCCAUGCACCACAGGCGUACCCUCAGAAGCAGUCUACUCAUGUCCCACAAGUGCAUGCUCAGCAUCAACCGAAUCAGCAGAGCGGUUGGCAGACAUGGGGGGAAGAGGCACGAAGAUUACCCAAGAGUCAACAGCCAUAUGCCGCUGCCAAUCCGCCCCCAGGUACUGGUGGCUAUUUCCAGCCGCAAGGCACAAACAAACAAGCAUCUCAGCAGCAAUCUGCUAAUACACAGUGGUCUCAACAACAGGCUGUCAUGUCAGCGGCAUUCCGCCAGCAACAAGAGCAAGCUUACGCUUUAGCUCAGGCGCAGAGUCAGCACAAGCAGUUGCAACAGCAGCAACAUCGCCAUGUUCAGCAGCAACACUCUGAAACUUACGCUUUAGCUCAUGCGCAGAACCAGCACAGGCAGCAACACCACCACCAGAAUCAGCCGCAACACCGCCAGAACCCCAACCAAUUGCCACACCACCAGAACCCCAACCAAUUGCCACACCACCAGGACCAGAACCAGAACCAGCCGCAACACCAUCAUGACCCGAGCCAACCGCAGCACUAUCAUAAUCCAAAUCAACCGCAACACCAUCAUGACCCAAACCAACCGCAGCACUAUCAUAAUCCGAAUCAACCGCAACACCAUCAUGACCCGAACCAACCGCAGGACUAUCUUCAUCCGAAUCAACCGCAACACCAUCAGGACUCGAACCAGCCACAACACGAAGGGAAGAAGCACAAGAAAGACAAAGAGAGUAAGCAGAGCAAGAAGGAGAAGAAACGCCAGCAAAAGGAGCAGGAACAACAGGAACAACAGGAACAACAGGAGCAUGACAACGAUGUCUGGGGUUUGGGCGAGGGCUGGCGAGAUCUUGAAGACGAUCCUGAUGAUUACGAGGAUACGCACGAUGCAUGGGGUCGAAAAGUACAUUUCUCGCCUCCUCGCACCGCUCCUUCCGUUGCUCCAUCUGCAGUAGUAGAAAACAUUAUCGUCAACGCAUUUCCCCCAAAUAAGCUCGGGUUGUCGACAUACGGCGGCACGCCAUCGAAAACACUUACUUACGCAUACCAUGGAACAGCAGCACCCAUGGAAAAUCGCCCAGCCCGCAACACCACGCAUGAUUUUGCAGACUUUAUCGAGUCUAAGGGAGCUGCAAUAAGUCCUGUGGCAGGUGCCUUUUUCGGUGGAAAUUCGCGCAUGGCGAAAGACCGUUUCCACUGGAUGUUCCCGCCUGACAAAGACGAGCGCGUCGCUUCUAAGCUGGCAUGGAUCCAGUCGGUAUCACCCGGACUGGGCUCGUUUGGACUGCAGAAAUUUUUGCAAACACGCGAGCGUGGCGCUCUCAUAGUGAACGCCGAUUAUCGGCCUUCAAAGUCACCGAAUGAACCAGCUUUUGACUGGUUAACAUACCCGGAGCUACAGAAGACCAUGGAUCGUACUCUGCAAGAGUCGGUGGCCUUUUACGACCCCUCCGCGCUGGUGGUCGUUUUCGUAUUUCUCCCAUCUAAGUCGGGCAAUAGCCUGGCUAUAUGGCGCCGCAAGAUCGCGGUGCCGAGUAAUGUGCGCCUAGCGUAUCAGGCGCAGAUAACCCAAGCUAUAGAUUCUCUACACAGAGACUAUUCUGUAUAUGUAGAUGAGAUACCUCCCCCUAAAUCCGAAGCUCCCAGCCCUCCAAAGAAACGCAAGUGGUGGAAGUUGUGGUUAUCUACGUGAGCGUUUGUUUUUGUACAUAUGUAUACCUUUCUUGCGUGGAACUUGUAUUAGCCUUGGCCCGUUGCGCAUCUUACACGUUAUGUCUUUCUAGUGUGAUACCAGUUGUAUCAACUGUAUGAUGGGCUUGCUUUUGUCGUCACUAUUGUAUCAUGUUCACAUAUUCUACGUAGAGCCUUUUGGAAAUGCUUUGCCGUUGUUGUAAUAAAAAUCAAGAUAUGGGUUCACUCGGCUCAC